CAAUUCUCUUCAGCAACUGAGAAAUAAUUAUACUUGUUGUUCUUGCUUCUUCGCCCAUGGCAUCAUCCAAAGUUAUAAUCCUUCUGGGACUUGUCAUUGCAACUUGCGCAGUUGCUGCUUUCGCAUCUGAUCCUAGCCCUCUCCAAGAUUUCUGUGUUGCAGAUCCCAACAGUGCAGUGAAAGUGAACGGUUUUGUGUGCAAAGAUCCCAAAGUUGUGACAGCGGAUGAUUUCUUCGCCAAAGGGCUUGACAAAGCAGGCAACACAUCGAACCCUAAUGGUUCUAAAGUAACGGCUGUGAAUGUGAUGCAAAUUCCGGGACUCAACACGCUUGGCAUCUCUUUAGCCCGUGUGGACUACGCUCCGUGGGGCAUCAACCCACCCCACACGCACCCACGCGCCACCGAGAUCUUGACCGUCCUCGAGGGCACCCUUUUGGUCGGCUUCGUCACCUCCAACACCGAGAAUCGUCUCUUCACCAAAGUGCUUUACAAGGGCGAUGUGUUCGUUUUCCCCGUUGGUCUGAUUCACUUCCAACAGAAUAUCGGGUACGGCCCGGCCGUGGCUCUAGCCGCUCUCAGCAGCCAGAACCCCGGCGUUAUUACCAUUGCUAAUGCUGUGUUUGGAUCAAACCCGGACAUCUCAACUGAUAUUCUUGCAAAGGCUUUCCAAACUGAUAAAGCCAUUAUUGCUGGAAUUCAAGCCAAGUUCUAGGUGUUGGGUUUGGUUUAUAAUUUUUAUAUAUUUUGGUUUUGUUUCAUGAUUGUGUAAUCUCUGGUUCCUUGUUUGUAUUCCCUUUUGAAACUGUGGUUAAUUUGUUUGUUUAAUUAUGAGCUGUAAUUUUAAUUGAAUACUUUGAAUUUGAAUAAUGAAAGUUCCUCGGUUUAA